CAUAUUUAGAGGAACAAUUGCAUUAUAAAAGGAGGCAUGACAUGUUUUUCAAUUGUGUCACUGUUAUCUUUCCUUCUGUGCGAGCUUUGAACCAUCUGUCUCUGAAGAAGAGUACUGCAGAAAUCGGUGAAAGAUGGGAGAUGCUCAGAUGGCAGAGUUUGGAGCUGCUGCUCCGUUUCUCAGGAAGUCGGAUAUCGAGCGUCUGGAGGCCCAAACUCGCCCCUUUGACAUGAAGAAAGCUUGUUUCGUUCCUGAUACUGAAGAGGAGUUUGUGAAAGCAACUAUUAUUAGUCGAGAUGGUGAUAAAGUCACCUGUGAGAAUUCAAAGGGAACGACAGUAACUGUGAAGGAGAUUGAUGUUCAUCCUCAGAACCCGCCAAAGUUUGAUAAAAUUGAGGACAUGGCGAUGUUCACCUUUCUGCACGAGCCAGCUGUGCUGUUUAACCUCAAAGAGCGUUACGCAGCCUGGAUGAUCUACACCUACUCUGGGCUCUUCUGUGUCACUGUCAACCCCUACAAGUGGCUGCCGGUGUACAACCAGGAAGUCGUCCUUGCCUACAGAGGAAAGAAGAGGAGUGAAGCUCCUCCUCACAUCUUCUCCAUCUCUGACAACGCCUACCAGUACAUGCUGUCAGACAGAGAAAACCAGUCAAUUCUUAUCACUGGAGAAUCUGGUGCUGGAAAGACUGUGAACACCAAGAGAGUCAUUCAGUACUUUGCCAGCAUUGCUGCUAGUCCUACAAAGAAGGAAACCAGUGAUAAGAAGGGUACUCUGGAGGAUCAAAUCAUCCAGUGUAAUCCUGCUCUAGAGGCCUUUGGUAAUGCCAAGACCAUCAGAAAUGACAACUCAUCUCGCUUUGGCAAGUUUAUCCGGAUCCACUUUGCUGCCAGUGGCAAACUAGCAUCUGCUGAUAUUGAGACUUAUCUUCUGGAGAAGUCUCGUGUGACUUUCCAGCUCAAGGCUGAGAGAGACUACCACAUCUUCUACCAGAUCCUGUCUCAGAAGAAACCAGAACUAUUAGAGAUGCUGCUGAUCACAGCAAACCCUUACGAUUAUGCCUUCAUCUCUCAAGGAGAGACACAGGUGGCCUCUAUUGAUGAUGCAGAUGAGCUGAUGGCUACAGAUGAAGCGUUUGAUGUGUUGGGCUUCACCCAAGAGGAGAAGAACAGCAUCUACAAACUGGUUGGUGCCAUCAUGCACUACGGCAACAUGAGGUUCAAGCAGAAGCAACGAGAGGAACAGGCAGAGGCUGAUGGCACUGAGGAUGCUGAUAAGUCAGCUUAUCUGAUGGGCCUGAACUCUGCUGAUCUCAUCAAGGCUCUGUGCCACCCAAGAGUCAAAGUAGGGAAUGAGUGGGUCACAAAGGGACAGAAUGUCCAGCAGGUGUCCUAUGCCGUUGGUGCUCUGUCAAAGUCAGUGUACGAGAAGAUGUUCUUGUGGAUGGUUGUGAGAAUCAACCAAUCCCUGGACACCAAACAGCCUCGCCAGUACUUUAUUGGUGUGCUGGACAUUGCUGGAUUUGAGAUCUUUGAUUUCAACACCUUUGAGCAGCUGUGCAUCAACUUCACUAAUGAGAAGUUGCAGCAGUUCUUCAACCAUCACAUGUUUGUGCUGGAGCAAGAGGAAUACAAGAAGGAGGGUAUUGAAUGGGUGUUCAUUGACUUUGGCAUGGACUUGCAGGCUUGUAUUGAUCUCAUUGAAAAGCCCAUGGGUAUCAUGUCCAUCCUUGAAGAGGAGUGCAUGUUCCCCAAAGCCAGUGAUGCAACAUUCAAAGCUAAGCUUUAUGACAACCACUUGGGCAAAAGUGCUAACUUCCAGAAGCCCAGGAUUGUCAAGGGUAAACCAGAGGCCCAUUUCUCCCUGGUUCACUACGCUGGCACUGUUGACUACAACAUCAAUAACUGGCUGGUGAAGAACAAGGACCCUCUAAAUGAGACGGUUGUUGGCCUGUAUCAGAAAUCCACCAUGAAACUGCUUUCUAUCCUAUUUGCUAAUUAUGCUAGUGCUGACUCAGCCGCGGAGGGAGGUGGUGGCAAAGCAAAGGAGAAGAAGAAAAAGGGCUCUUCUUUCCAGACAGUGUCUGCUCUUCACCGGGAGAACCUGAACAAGCUGAUGACCAACUUGAGGUCAACUCACCCUCACUUUGUGCGCUGCAUCAUCCCCAAUGAGACUAAGACUCCUGGAGCGAUGGAGAAUCCUCUGGUCAUGCACCAGCUGCGCUGUAACGGUGUGCUGGAGGGCAUCAGAAUCUGCAGAAAGGGCUUCCCCAACAGGAUCCUGUAUGGAGAUUUCAAGCAGAGAUAUCGUAUCCUGAAUCCUGCUGCCAUCCCAGAGGGUCAGUUCAUUGACAGCAGAAAAGGAGCUGAGAAGUUAUUGGGCUCUUUGGACAUUGACCACAACCAGUACAAGUUUGGGCAUACUAAGGUGUUCUUCAAGGCUGGUCUUCUGGGUACUCUUGAAGAGAUGCGAGAUGACCGUCUUGCUCUCAUCAUCACAAAUAUUCAAGCUAGAGCUCGUGGUCUUCUCUCAAGAGUUGAGUUCCAGAAGAUUGUUGAGCGCAGAGAUGCCUUGCUUGUGAUUCAGUGGAACAUCCGUGCCUUCAUGGGUGUCAAGAAUUGGCCCUGGAUGAAGCUCUACUUCAAGAUCAAACCACUGCUGAGAUCUGCUGAAGCAGAGAAAGAGAUGGCCAACAUGAAGGAAGAAUUCCUGAAGUUGAAGGAGGCUUAUGCCAAAUCUGAAGCCCGCAGAAAGGAGCUUGAAGAAAAGAUGGUUUCUCUUCUCCAAGAGAAGAAUGACCUGCAACUUCAAGUCCAAACUGAGCAAGAUAAUCUUUGCGAUGCUGAGGAGAGAUGUGAGGGUCUGAUCAAGAACAAGAUCCAGCUUGAGGCCAAAGCCAAAGAGCUGACUGAGAGACUGGAGGAUGAAGAAGAAAUGAAUGCUGAGCUGACUACAAAGAAACGGAAGCUGGAGGAUGAAUGUUCUGAGCUCAAGAAGGACAUUGAUGAUCUUGAGCUCACUCUGGCCAAAGUGGAGAAAGAGAAACAUGCCACUGAGAACAAGGUUAAAAACCUGACAGAAGAGAUGGCAGCUUUGGAUGAGAUCAUUGCUAAGCUGACAAAGGAGAAGAAAGCUCUGCAGGAGGCCCAUCAGCAAACGCUGGAUGACCUCCAGAGUGAGGAAGACAAAGUCAACACUCUCACCAAAGCCAAAGCCAAGCUGGAGCAACAAGUGGAUGAUCUUGAGGGUUCCUUGGAACAGGAAAAGAAACUUCGUAUGGAUCUGGAGAGGGCAAAGAGGAAGCUCGAGGGAGACUUAAAGUUAACCCAGGAGAGUGUGAUGGACCUGGAAAAUGACAAACAGCAACUGGAAGAGAGGCUUAAAAAGAAAGAUUUUGAGAUCAGCCAGCUCAAUAGCAAGAUUGAAGAUGAGCAGGUUAUGGCAGCCCAACUCCAGAAGAAACUGAAGGAGCUGCAGGCUCGUAUUGAAGAGCUUGAGGAAGAGCUGGAGGCUGAGAGAGCCGCUCGUGCCAAAGUUGAGAAACAGAGAGCAGAUCUGUCCAGAGAACUGGAGGAGAUCAGUGAGAGGCUGGAGGAGGCUGGUGGAGCCACUGCUGCCCAGAUUGAGAUGAACAAGAAACGUGAAGCCGAGUUACAGAAACUACGCAGAGACCUUGAAGAGGCCACUCUGCAACAUGAGGCUACCGCUGCUACACUGAGGAAGAAACAUUCAGACAGUGUGGCUGAUCUGGGAGAGCAGAUUGACAACCUUCAGAGAGUGAAACAGAAGCUGGAGAAAGAGAAGAGUGAACUCAGACUGGAACUGGAUGACGUGGUCUCCAACAUGGAGCAGCUUGCUAAGGCCAAGGCAAACUUGGAGAAAAUGUGCAGGACCCUAGAGGACCAGAUGUCAGAAUAUAGAACAAAAUACGAAGAAGGACAACGCAGCAUCAAUGACUUUACCAUGCAAAAAGCUAAAUUGCAAACCGAAAAUGGGGAGUUUUCUAGACAACUGGAAGAGAAGGAUUCCUUGGUCUCUCAGCUAACAAGAGGCAAGCAGUCCUACACUCAGCAGAUUGAGGACCUCAAACGACAACUAGAGGAGGAAAUUAAGGCUAAGAAUGCCCUGGCCCAUGCAGUUCAAUCUGCUCGUCAUGAUUCUGAUCUGCUGAGGGAACAGUAUGAGGAGGAGCAGGAAGCCAAAGCUGAGCUGCAGCGUAGUCUGUCCAAGGCAAACUCUGAGGUGGCUCAGUGGAGAACUAAGUAUGAAACUGAUGCCAUCCAGAGAACUGAGGAGCUGGAGGAUGCUAAGAAGAAACUGGCCCAGCGUCUGCAAGAUGCAGAAGAAGCUGUGGAAGCAGUCAAUGCUAAAUGCUCCUCUCUGGAGAAGACCAAGCACAGGCUGCAGAAUGAGAUUGAAGAUCUAAUGGUGGAUGUGGAGAGAUCCAAUGCCGCUGCUGCUGCUCUAGACAAGAAGCAAAGAAACUUUGACAAGGUCCUAGCUGAAUGGAAGCAGAAAUAUGAGGAGUCUCAGAGUGAGCUGGAAAGCUCCCAAAAGGAAGCCAGAUCUCUGAGCACUGAACUGUUCAAACUGAAGAACUCCUAUGAGGAGUCUCUGGAUCAUCUGGAGACCAUGAAGAGAGAAAACAAGAACCUCCAAGAGGAGAUUUCUGAUCUCACUGAACAAAUUGGUGAGAGUGGAAAGAACAUUCAUGAACUAGAGAAAAUUCGUAAGCAGUUGGAGCAGGAAAAAGCUGAAAUUCAAGCAGCUCUGGAGGAAGCUGAGGGCUCCCUGGAGCAUGAAGAAGGAAAGAUCCUUAGAGCUCAACUGGAGUUCAAUCAGAUCAAAGCUGAUAUUGAACGUAAGCUGGCUGAAAAAGAUGAAGAGAUGGAGCAGUCCAAGAGGAACCAGCAGAGAAUGAUUGAUACCCUUCAGACCUCACUGGAAUCAGAGACUCGCAGCAGGAAUGAAGCUCUCAGACUGAAGAAGAAGAUGGAGGGAGAUCUCAAUGAGAUGGAGAUUCAGCUCAGCCAGGCUAACAGACAGGCAUCAGAAGCCCAGAAGCAACUCAAGGGUCUUCAUGGACAUCUUAAAGAUAUCCAACUGCAGCUGGAUGACGCUCUGCGCAGUAAUGAUGAUUUCAAAGAGAACAUCGCCAUUGUGGACAGACGCAACAAUCUGCUGCAGGCUGAACUGGAUGAGCUGAGAUCCCUGGUGGAACAGACUGAGAGAGGAAGGAAACUGGCUGAGCAGGAACUGCUGGACGUCAGUGAGAGAGUCCAGCUCCUGCAUUCUCAGAACACCAGUCUGCUGAAUCAGAAGAAGAAGCUGGAGGGAGAUAAUUCUCAGCUUCAGACUGAGGUUGAGGAGGCAGUGCAGGAGUGCAGGAAUGCUGAGGAAAAAGCCAAGAAGGCCAUCACUGAUGCUGCCAUGAUGGCAGAGGAGCUGAAGAAGGAGCAGGACACCAGCGCUCAUCUGGAGCGCAUGAAGAAGAACAUGGAGCAGACCAUCAAGGACCUGCAGCACCGUCUGGAUGAAGCUGAGCAGAUCGCCAUGAAGGGAGGCAAGAAGCAGGUCCAGAAACUGGAAGCCAGGGUGAGAGAGCUGGAAAAUGAGGUGGAGAUAGAACAGAGAAAGGCGAGCGAGUCUGUGAAAGGAGUGCGUAAAUAUGAAAGACGCAUCAAGGAGCUCACCUACCAGACUGAGGAGGACCGUAAGAACCUGGCUCGUCUUCAGGAUCUGGUGGACAAACUCCAGCUGAAGGUCAAGUCCUACAAGAGAGCUGCUGAGGAGGCGGAGGAGCAGGCCAAUACUAAUCUGGGCAAGUUCCGUAAGAUUCAGCAUGAGUUGGAUGAAGCAGAGGAGAGGGCUGAUAUUGCUGAAUCUCAGGUCAACAAGCUGAGAGCCAAGAGCAGAGACACCAGCUCUAAGAAAGGACAUGAUGAGGAAAUGGGGGAUGCCCAGAUGGCAGAGUUUGGACCUGCUGCUCCGUUCUUACGGAAGUCAGACAGGGAGCGUCUGGAGGCCCAGACUCGCCUCUUCGACAUGAAGAAGGAAUGCUUUGUUCCCGACGUUGAGGUUGAGUACGUCAAAGCCUCCAUCAUCAGUAGAGACGGUGACAAAGUCACUGCUAACACUGAAUUUGGAAAGACAGUAACUGUGAAGGAGAUUGAUGUUCAUCCACAAAACCCGCCAAAGUUUGAUAAAAUUGAGGACAUGGCGAUGUUCACCUUCCUGCACGAGCCCGCUGUGCUGUUUAACCUCAAAGAGCGUUACGCAGCCUGGAUGAUCUACACCUACUCUGGGCUCUUCUGUGUAACUGUCAACCCCUACAAGGCGCUGCCGGUGUACAACCAGGAAGUCGUCGUUGCCUACAGAGGAAAGAAACGAACUGAGGCUCCUCCUCACAUCUUCUCCAUCUCUGACAACGCCUACCAGUACAUGCUGUCAGACAGAGAAAACCAGUCUGUCCUGAUCACUGGAGAAUCCGGUGCUGGAAAGACUGUGAACACUAAAAGAGUCAUCCAGUACUUUGCCAGCAUUGCAGCAGCACCAACCAAGAAGGAUGCAUCAAUGGAGAAAAAGGGUACUCUGGAGGAUCAAAUCAUCCAGUGUAAUCCUGCUCUGGAGGCUUUUGGUAAUGCCAAGACCAUCAGAAAUGACAACUCUUCCAGAUUCGGUAAAUUUAUCCGUAUCCAUUUUGGAAUCAGUGGAAAGUUAGCUUCUGCUGACAUUGAGACUUAUCUGCUGGAGAAGUCUCGUGUCACUUUCCAGCUCAAGGCUGAGAGAGACUACCACAUCUUCUACCAGAUCCUGUCUCAGAGAAAACCAGAACUGCUGGAGAUGCUGCUCAUCACCAACAACCCCUAUGACUACGCCUUCAUCUCCCAAGGAGAGACACAAGUGGCAUCUAUUGAUGACCGUGACGAGCUGAUGGCCACUGAUGAAGCGUUUGAUGUGCUGGGCUUCACUGCAGAAGAAAAGGCAGGCAUCUACAAGCUGACCGGUGCCGUCAUGCACUACGGCAACAUGAGGUUCAAGCAGAAGCAGCGAGAGGAACAGGCAGAGGCUGAUGGGACUGAGGAUGCGGACAAAGUCGCAUAUCUGAUGGGCCUGAACUCUGCUGAUCUCAUCAAGGGUUUGUGCCACCCGAGAGUCAAAGUAGGAAAUGAGUGGGUCACCAAGGGACAGAGUGUCCAGCAGGUGAACUACUCUAUUGGUGCUCUGGCAAAGUCAGUGUACGAGAAGAUGUUCUUGUGGAUGGUUGUGAGAAUCAACCAAUCCCUGGACACCAAACAGCCUCGUCAGUACUUCAUUGGUGUGCUGGACAUUGCUGGAUUUGAGAUCUUUGAUUACAACACGUUUGAGCAGCUGUGCAUCAACUUCACUAAUGAGAAGUUGCAGCAGUUCUUCAACCAUCACAUGUUUGUGCUGGAGCAAGAGGAAUACAAGAAGGAGGGUAUUGAAUGGGUGUUCAUUGACUUUGGCAUGGACUUAGCGGCUUGUAUUGAGUUAAUUGAGAAGCCCAUGGGUAUCAUGUCCAUCCUUGAAGAGGAGUGCAUGUUCCCCAAAGCCAGUGAUGCAACAUUCAAAGCUAAGCUUUAUGACAACCACUUGGGCAAAAGUCCUAACUUCCAGAAGCCCAGGAUUGUCAAGGGUAAACCAGAGGCACAUUUCUCCCUGGUUCACUACGCUGGCAUUGUUGACUACAACAUCUCAAACUGGCUGGUGAAGAACAAGGACCCUCUCAAUGAGACUGUUGUCGGGUUGUUCCAGAAGUCCACCAUGAAACUGCUUUCUGUCCUAUUUGCUAAUUAUGCUGCUUCUGAUGCAGAUUCUGGAGGUAAGAGUGCCAAAGGAGGUACCAAAAAGAAGGGUUCUUCAUUCCAGACAGUGUCAGCCCUCCAUAGGGAGAACCUGAAUAAGCUGAUGACCAACUUGAGGUCAACUCACCCUCACUUUGUGCGUUGCCUGAUUCCCAAUGAGACUAAGACUCCUGGCGCGAUGGAGAAUCCUCUGGUCAUGCACCAGCUGCGCUGUAACGGUGUGCUGGAGGGCAUCAGAAUCUGCAGAAAGGGCUUCCCCAACAGGAUCCUGUAUGGAGAUUUCAAACAACGGUACCGGAUCCUAAAUCCAGCUGCUAUCCCUGAGGGACAGUUCAUUGAUAAUAAGAAGGGUGCAGAAAAGCUUCUGGGUUCUCUGGACAUUGAUCACAGCCAGUACAAGUUAGGACAUACUAAGGUGUUUUUUAAGGCUGGUCUUCUGGGUACUCUUGAAGAGAUGAGAGACGACCGUCUUGCACUUAUUAUUACUGGAAUUCAGUCCAGAUCUCGUGGUAUACUAUCAAGAAUGGAAUUCCAGAAAAUUGUGGAGAGAAGAGAUGCCUUGCUUGUGAUUCAGUGGAACAUCCGUGCCUUCAUGGGUGUCAAAAAUUGGCCCUGGAUGAAGCUCUACUUCAAGAUCAAGCCUCUGCUGAAAUCUGCUGAGACUGAGAAAGAGAUGGCCAACAUGAAGGAAGAAUUCCUGAAGUUGAAGGAGGCUUACGCCAAAACCGAAGCUCGCAGAAAGGAGCUUGAGGAAAAGAUGGUUUCCAUUCUCCAAGAGAAGAAUGACCUUCAGCUUGCAAUGCAGUCUGAGCAAGAUAAUCUUGCAGAUGCUGAGGAGAGAUGUGAGGGUCUGAUCAAGAACAAGAUCCAGUUUGAAGCCAAAGUCAAAGAGCUGACGGAGAGACUGGAGGAUGAAGAAGAAAUGAAUGCUGAGCUGACUGCCAAGAAACGAAAGCUGGAGGAUGAAUGCUCUGAGCUUAAGAAGGACAUUGAUGAUCUUGAACUCACUCUGGCCAAAGUGGAGAAAGAGAAACAUGCCACUGAGAACAAGGUUAAAAACCUGACAGAAGAGAUGGCAGCUUUGGAUGAAAUCAUUGCUAAGCUGACCAAAGAGAAGAAAGCUCUGCAGGAGGCCCAUCAGCAAACCCUGGAUGACCUCCAGAGUGAGGAAGACAAAGUCAACACACUCACCAAAGCCAAAGCCAAGCUGGAGCAACAAGUGGAUGAUCUUGAAGGUUCUCUGGAACAAGAAAAGAAAAUUCGCAUGGAUCUUGAGAGAGUUAAAAGAAAGCUUGAGGGUGACUUGAAGUUGACUCAAGAGAAUUUGAUGGAUUUAGAAAAUGAUAAGCAGCAGAUGGAUGAGCGGCUAAAGAAAAAAGACUUUGAGAUCAGCCAGCUCAAUAGCAAGAUUGAAGAUGAGCAGGUUAUGGCAACCCAACUCCAGAAGAAACUGAAGGAGCUGCAGGCCCGAAUUGAAGAGCUUGAGGAAGAGCUGGAGGCUGAGAGAGCCGCUCGUGCCAAAGUUGAGAAACAGAGAGCAGAUCUGUCCAGAGAACUGGAGGAGAUCAGUGAGAGGCUGGAGGAAGCUGGUGGAGCCACUGCUGCCCAGGUUGAGAUGAACAAGAAACGUGAAGCCGAGUUACAGAAACUACGCAGAGACCUUGAAGAGGCCACUCUGCAACAUGAGGCUACCGCUGCUACACUGAGGAAGAAACAUUCAGACAGUGUGGCUGAUCUGGGAGAGCAGAUUGACAACCUUCAGAGAGUGAAGCAGAAGCUGGAGAAAGAGAAGAGUGAACUCAGACUGGAACUGGAUGACGUGGUCUCCAACAUGGAGCAGAUUGUAAAGGCCAAGGCAAACCUGGAGAAAAUGUGCAGAACUUUGGAAGACCAGAUGAGUGAGUACAGAACCAAGGCUGAGGAAGGUCAGCGCACAAUCAAUGACUUCACCAUGCAAAAAGCCAAGCUGCAAACUGAGAAUGGUGAACUGUCCAGACAGCUAGAGGAGAAAGACUCCCUGGUCUCUCAGUUGACCAGAGGCAAGCAGUCCUACACUCAGCAGGCUGAAGACCUCAAGAGACAGCUAGAGGAAGAAAUCAAGGCUAAGAAUGCCCUGGCUCAUGCAGUUCAAUCUGCUCGUCAUGAUGCUGAUCUACUGAGGGAACAGUACGAGGAGGAGCAGGAAGCCAAAGCUGAAUUGCAGCGGAGUCUGUCCAAGGCAAACUCUGAGGUGGCUCAAUGGAGAACUAAGUAUGAAACUGAUGCCAUCCAGAGGACUGAGGAACUGGAGGAAGCCAAGAAGAAACUGGCUCAGCGUCUGCAAGAUGCAGAAGAAGCUGUGGAAGCAGUCAAUGCUAAAUGCUCCUCUCUGGAGAAGACCAAGCACAGGCUGCAGAAUGAGAUUGAAGAUCUAAUGGUGGAUGUGGAGAGAUCCAAUGCCUCUGCUGCUGCUCUAGACAAGAAGCAAAGAAACUUUGACAAAGUUCUGGCUGAGUGGAAGCAAAAGUAUGAGGAGUCCCAAUCUGAACUGGAAAGUGCUCAAAAAGAAGCUAGAUCUCUGAGCACUGAACUCUUUAAAUUGAAAAACUCAUAUGAGGAGUCACUGGACCACCUUGAGAGCAUGAAGAGGGAGAACAAGAAUCUCCAAGAGGAAAUCUCUGACCUUACUGAGCAACUUGGUGAGAGUGGGAAGAAUAUUCAUGAGCUGGAGAAACUUAGGAAACUACUGGAGCAGGAGAAACAAGAGAUACAAAGUGCUCUGGAGGAGGCUGAGGGUUCCCUUGAACAUGAGGAAAGCAAGAUCCUUAGAGCUCAGCUGGAGUUCAACCAGAUCAAAGCUGAUAUUGAACGUAAACUGACUGAGAAAGAUGAAGAGAUGGAGCAGUCCAAGAGGAACCAGCAGAGAAUGAUUGAUACCCUUCAGACCUCACUGGAAUCAGAGACUCGCAGCAGGAAUGAAGCUCUCAGACUGAAGAAGAAGAUGGAGGGAGAUCUCAAUGAGAUGGAGAUUCAGCUCAGCCAGGCUAACAGACAGGCAUCAGAAGCCCAGAAGCAACUCAAGGGUCUUCAUGGACAUCUUAAAGAUUCCCAACUGCAGCUGGAUGACGCUCUGCGUAGUAAUGAUGAUUUCAAAGAGAACAUCGCCAUUGUGGAGAGACGUAACAAUCUGCUGCAGGCUGAACUGGAUGAGCUGAGAUCCCUGGUGGAACAGACUGAGAGAGGAAGGAAACUGGCUGAGCAGGAACUGCUUGACAUCAGUGAGAGAGUCCAGCUCCUGCAUUCUCAGAACACCAGUCUGCUGAAUCAGAAGAAGAAGCUGGAGGGAGAUAAUACUCAGCUUCAGACUGAGGUUGAGGAGGCAGUGCAGGAGUGCAGGAAUGCUGAGGAAAAAGCCAAGAAGGCCAUCACGGAUGCUGCCAUGAUGGCAGAGGAGCUGAAGAAGGAGCAGGACACCAGCUCUCAUCUGGAGCGCAUGAAGAAGAACAUGGAGCAAACCAUCAAGGACCUGCAGCACCGUCUGGAUGAAGCUGAGCAGAUCGCCAUGAAGGGAGGCAAGAAGCAGAUCCAGAAACUGGAAGCCAGGGUGAGAGAGCUGGAAAGUGAGGUGGAGAUAGAACAGAGAAAGUCCAGUGACUCUGUCAAGGGUAUUCGUAAAUAUGAAAGACGCAUCAAAGAACUCACCUACCAGACUGAGGAAGACCGAAAGAAUCUAGCUCGCCUGCAGGACCUAGUGGACAAACUCCAGCUGAAGGUCAAGUCCUACAAGAGAGUUGCUGAAGAGGCUGAAGAACAAGCCAAUUCUAGUCUGGGCAAGUUCCGUAAGAUUCAGCAUGAGCUGGAUGAAGCAGAAGAGAGAGCUGAUAUUGCUGAAUCUCAGGUCAACAAGCUGAGAGUCAAGAGUCGUGAUACAGGAUCCAAGAAGGGGGCUGAUGAGGAGUGAAAAUAUUUGCUAGAUCUCGGCAAACAUGGAUUGCUGUGAUGAUCUCUUCUGUAGUUCAGUAGAAUAAAGAAUACAUGCAAAUGAA